AUGGCCGACGCCAUCCUCGCCGCCGCAGCCAAGCAUCCCAAGCCAGACCUCACCUUCCAAUAUGGCACCGCAGGCUUUCGCAUGAAAGCCAACCUCCUCGACAGCGUCGUCUUUCGCGUUGGUCUGGUCGCCGCUCUCCGUUCCCGCAAACUGGGAGGUCUCACCAUUGGGGUUAUGAUCACUGCCUCACACAACCCGCCCGAGGACAAUGGCGUCAAGCUCGUGGACCCAAUGGGCGAGAUGCUUGAAAACUCAUGGGAAGCCUACGCGACCACUUUGGCCAACGCUCCUGACGCUGAGGUCGAGAACGUUUAUCACAAGUUGGAGAAGGAUCUGAAGAUCAACCCAGAAACACCAGCGAGGGUUAUAUAUGCCAGAGAUACGAGAACAUCGGGGCCAAAAUUGGUGGCCGCGUUGGUGGAUGCGUUGAAGGCGGCGGGAGCCGAGUAUACAGAUUACAGAUUGUUGACGACGCCACAAUUGCAUUAUUUGACGCGUUGCACAAACACAGAGGGCACUCCACAGAGUUACGGGGAUGUGAGUGAGAAGGGGUACUAUGAAAAGCUUGGCACGGCCUUUGCCAGAGCGAUCAAGGGGAAGAAGAUUGUUGGGCCUGUUACGGUGGAUUGCGCAAAUGGUGUUGGAGGGCCGAAACUCGCCGAACUUGUAAAAUACCUGCCGAAAGGAUCGGAGGGUGGAAUCGAUAUCAAGAUCGUCAAUGAUGAUGUUCUGAGGCCGGAGACCCUGAAUCAUGAGUGCGGAGCGGAUUUUGUCAAAACUAAGCAGAGAGCCCCCCCGUCCUCCAAAGCAGCUCCCAACGAUCGUUGCUGCUCCCUCGAUGGCGAUGCCGACCGCUUAAUCUACUACUUCAACGACCCAGAACACGGUUUCCGUCUGCUAGAUGGUGAUAGAAUCGCCACUCUAGCCGCAUCAUUCAUCGGAGAUCUUGCUCGAGAAGCUGGUCUCGCGGAAGAAUUGAAGAUUGGCGUCGUACAAACAGCAUACGCGAACGGUGCCUCCACUAAAUACGUCGAAAAGACUCUCGGCUUGCCAGUAGUCUGCACACCUACCGGAGUCAAAUGGCUCCACCACGCCGCCACAAAAUUUGACGUAGGAGUCUAUUUCGAAGCCAACGGUCAUGGAACUGUUGUCUUCUCACAACAAGCUCUUAAAGCUUUCAAGAUCAAGGAGCCCGAAUCCCCUGCCCAAGCUUCGGCUCUCGAGACCCUGCGCGCCUUAACCGAUCUUAUCAACCAGACUGUCGGUGAUGCCCUCUCCGAUAUGCUACUCGUCGAGACCAUUUUGGCUCACAAAGCCUGGACGCCCCGCGAAUGGGACCUUACUUACACAGAUCUGCCGAACAGAUUAGUGCGCGUGGAGGUUGCGGACAGGAACAUGUUCAAGACGACAGACGCUGAACGAAAGCUCGUGGAGCCCUCUGGACUUCAGGAGCAGAUCGAUGCAUUAGUGAAGAAGUUCAAGGAUGGAAGGUCAUUUGCCCGGGCUAGCGGGACUGAGGAUGCAUUGAGGGUUUACGCAGAGGCAGCGACAAGGAGUGAGGCGGAUGAUCUGGCGAGCAAGGUGGCAGCUCUUUGCAAAUUGGAAGGGUCUAUCAAAUCGUAG